GUGGGUCAGCUGGGAGAUUUUUUGGUCUGGUGACCUGUCUUUGGUCAGUUGGGGGGUUGGCUAGCAUCUGAAUGAUCUAGGAUGGCCUCACUCGUGUGUGUUGAUGGUUGACUGGCUGUCAGCUGGGGUGCCUUGGUUCUUUUCCCUGUGGCCUCUCCUCCUCCAGCCGGUCGGCUUGAGCUCUUUCACAAGGUGUUCUCUGUGUUACAAGUAUAACAAGUGGGCAAGCUCCAAUGCACCCGCGUUUUUCAAGCCUUCACUAGCUUCCUGUUUGCUAAAGUCCCCUUGAACAAAGCAAGUCACAUGACCAAGCACAGAAUUAGUGUGGGAGGGCACUGCUAAAGAGCAUGGAAGUAGGAAGAAAAAGAAUUUGAGGCCAAUUGUGCAACCUACUAUAGCUCCCUCAGGGACAGGGAGUGAAAAAAAUCCCUUUUCUCUGUAACCCAUGGAUCCCAUGGGCCAGGGCAACCUCCAGAUAGGGGUCCUUGGAAGAACGUGACCGAGCCCCCGGGCUUCCCCGGGGUCUCCAGGGCCCUGGCUCAGCCCUAGGCCAGAGCUAGGGGGAGGCAGUCUGGAUCCUGACUACACGGGCAGAGACCCGCCCCCCAGGGAAAGUAUAGGUGCCAAUGGGGAGGCUUCUUGGCAGGGAGGAAGGCGUUCUGAACCCUGGCUCCCAUCUCCCUUUAGCCCACCCCAAAGUGAUGAACAGGGCUCUGUCCCGCUCAUCCUCACAGACCUGUCCUCACCUCCCAGCAUCCCUUUGGUACGGUGGGGCUGGGAUGGCUCUGAGACGUGAGUAUAAUCAGGUCAUGUUUCCUCAUCACCAUGGUAACCGGUGUCACCUGCUCCACAGGGUUGAAAAGGAGUACCUGUCCUCCUUUUUUAGGUGGCGACUGUGGCCUCAGCCUGCUCUUUCCCACAGGUGGCUGCGUUGGAGCGGCAGAUCUUUGACUUCCUGGGCUACCAGUGGGCUCCGAUCCUAGCCAACUUCCUGCACAUCAUGGCAGUUAUCCUGGGCAUCUUUGGUACCGUGCAGUACCGCUCCCGGUACCUCAUUCUGUAUGCAGCCUGGCUGGUGCUUUGGGUUGGCUGGAAUGCGUUUAUCAUCUGCUUCUACUUGGAGGUUGGACAGCUGUCCCAGGACCGGGACUUCAUCAUGACCUUCAACACAUCCCUGCACCGCUCCUGGUGGAUGGAGAACGGGCCAGGCUGCCUGGUGACACCUGUCCUGAACUCCCGCCUGGCCCUGGAGGACCACCAUGUCAUCUCGGUCACCGGCUGCCUGCUUGACUAUCCCUACAUUGAAGCACUCAGCAGUGCCCUGCAGAUCUUCCUGGCUUUGAUUUCAUCGGCGGUUUUGACUCCUAUGGAUACCAGGCGCCCCAGAAGACGUCGCAUUUACAACUGCAGCCUCUGUACACGGCGGGGUAGUAGCUUCUGCCCCACGACCACCCCCGCGGCUAGACUGACCGCCUCAGCCGCGAGCUCCGGCCAAGAUGGCAGGCGUGCCCCCUGGCGGCUCGCUGACCGGACUGCAGCCUGGGUCGGCUUGACAUGGGUCCGAAGCGGACUUGGACUUGGCGCUUAGCAGCCUGGACUUAGGGGGUGGGGCGGGGGAGGGGGUUCGGGGGUUUGUAUUUUUUUAUCUCCACCUUGGCGUGUGCUGGAGCCUCCCGCCCUUCUCCAGCCUCUCCCUUUCACCCUUCUUCACCCAGCAUCCUGUCCCCUGUCCAGAGAGAAAGGACAGGACAGACAGACUCACCCCCAUCUCACCACAUUCAUUCACCAGCCCUGGGGAAAGUUACCCUGAACUAGAAGCAGGAGUUCUGGGUUCUAAUCGCAGCUCCAUCACUAACUCUCUGUGUGACAUCUGGCAAAGCCCUUGCCCUCUCUGGGCCUCAGUUUCCCACCUCAAAUAAUUAAAAUAAUCCCUUCGUAAAUGGAGCUCUUUCUAGCCUUUUCAUUUGACUCUCAAUUCCCUGGACUAUACUGGGAUUUUACGUAAUCCCCAUUUUGCAGAUAUGGAAACUGAGGCCCAGAGAUGUAAAGCAAUUUGCUUGAGGCCACACAGCUGGGCUUUUGGUGGCGGCAGGCCUUGAAUAUGAUCUGUAGUUUCAGACUCCAAAACCCAUUUCCAAGCCCCCUUCCAACUUGGACACUCUAGAACCCAUGUGAUAUACACCACACUCACAUACCACCGCCACCACUUGCUAACUCCUCUCUUAAAGCAAUAUAUUCGUUCUCUUGUUGGGAACAGGAUGGACGGAUCCCAGAGCCCUGAAUUCAGCCUGACCCACAGGGAAGCCUUCUUAGACUCGGCCUCUGUCCACCCUUGGCAAAGCUUUCAAGCUCUCUCUAGCAAAGGGGGGACACGACUCAGUCGCCCCACCCCCUUCCACGUCCCUGAGCCUGCUGCACCCAUGAUCCCCCACCCCUUCAGCAACUCUGCCAACCCCUGGUGGCUCCAUCCACCUCACCAUUUGGAAGACCUGUGGUUCCAGAGUGGAAAAGGGCUCAUCUGUGCUGCCUGGUCAACAGUGUUCAAAGAUCACCAGUGUUCAUGAUCACGCCCGUGUCCAGAAACAACCUCUAACAAAUCCAGAAGUUGUUCUGAAGAGGCAGAAUGGGGGUGUGGGCCAUAGUGGGGGCUCUGGAGGGCCAGCACCCUUCCUUAAGAGCAAGUAGAGAUGAGGGCUCAUUCUCCUCACCUCCCUCCACAGACCCCUCUGAGGACCCUGCGUCCUGUGCACUGGCUGGUGAAUCUGAGGGCAGGAGGAUCAGGCCUCAGCUUCCAGUUUGUGAAAUAGGAGUGGUCCUGGCUUAGGAAGGAGGGUGGGAAGCACGGGGGAACCAGAAGGAAAUACAGACAGUUGCACACCUGAGCCCAUCCAUGGUGAACAUUCCUUGCUCUCCACCCUCUGAUCUAGCAUUCCCUCCCAUCUAAGGCCAAAAUAUCCUGAACUUGGACCCCACCCCACCAUCCCAUCUGCAGGUCUGUGCCAAAGAGCCAAACCCAGGAGUCCCUCUGGUCACUACAGGGCCCAAGGUCCCAAAUGGUGAGCCUGGUUAGCUAUGGGUACAGCUCAGGAGGGCAACAGUUCCCUUCAGGCCUGGCUGGUGCUCUGCUCCUGGACCAAGUCCUGCCUCUAGCCCUCUCUUCUCAGAGCCACCCCCAGCCAGCUGUCAUCUCACCCCCGACCCCCAACCCCCUUUCUACUCAACGACUUGAGCCACUGGUGCUUUGAAGCCUUUUGUUUUUGUAAGAUGGUUUUUUCAAGGAGACUGAGUUUCUUCUCACUGGGACCUUGCAAGGCAGGGAGUGUUGCCCUGGUUUCUGUGCAGGUGGGUUGAUUAAAGAUGGUGUUUUCCAACUUCCCUGGUGGCGCAGUGGUUAAGAAUCCGCCUGCCAAUGCAGGGGACACGGGUUCGAGCCCUGGUCCAGGAAGAUCCCACGUGCCACGGAGCAACUAAGGCCGUGUGCCACAACUACUGAGCCUGCGCUCUAGAGCCCGUGAGCCACAACUACGGAGCCCGCGUGCCACAACUACUGCAGCCCUCGUGCCUAGAGCCUGUGCUCUGCAACAAAGAGAAACCACCACAAUGAGAAGCCCAUGCACCGCAACAGAGUAGCCCUCGCUCGCCACAACUAGAGAAAGCCCGCGUGCAGCAACGAAGACCCAACA